AUGAAGGCUAUUAUAAACCCUACUGAUCCGGCAUGGCUCAUUUCCAUGGAUGAUGUGCAUCUACCUCUUCAGCUUCCUAGUGGUUUGAUAACUCAGUUGAAAACUCUAACCCAACAGAACAUUUUAGUUUUGGCUCCAGUGGAGCCGGAGACUAGGCUAGACUGCCGAGAGGUUCACCAGAUUAUUAGAGAGCUGGCGAUAGGAAUUUAUUGUUUUAAUCAAAUCCCUUCCAUCAGUUUAGAUGCCAAUUAUGACUGUAGUACAUCGUGCCACCUACCUCCAGCCUAUUAUGAUACUAGACAGAUAUUAAUCGAUAUAGAUUAUAUGAUUAAGGCCCUCUGGCACGGCGCCUACAUGGCAAAGGAGAAAAGAGCCAGAUUCAGUGAGCUCUGGCGGUCUAGCAUGGAUAUUGAUUCCAAUGGAAACCCUCAAACCAAGAAGAACAUAUUUGCAGAGUUCUCUUCAGCAGGUCUAAUUGAUAUUUCCAGUGCUCCUGAGUUUGGUGACAUAUAUUCCAAGACAUUUGACGUAGAUCCAACGUAUGAACCCAACAGUCAGGAUGAAACUAAGCUGUUCAUGAAAUACGCAGACAGCAUGUCUAUAAAUAUGACUUGUUUUACCCUUGAAGUCAAACGGCAUGAAAAUCUGUUCAUGUAUGAGGCGUGUUAUGUUCUCUCCAAUGUUCUGAAACUUACCGAGGAGUACUUAGAUCCCAUUUCAUACCAGAGACUCCAGCAAAGAUUAACUAUGCAUCAAAAGAUUGUGAAGGAGAAUCUUGAGAAGAAAACACAAGUCCGCAAAAAUAUAGCUUAUCUUAAACUCAUCAGUUUUCUUGUGCCUUUCUUUCUGGGACUGAAAAAAAAGAUGAAAGUACCAGAUUUUAGUCACCUCUUGCAGCCAUUCUCAGACGAUAAAGUUAAGACUGAACGUGAACUUCCUCCGCUCAUGCUAGGACAAGAUUUUAAGUGCCAACAUUUUCAUUAUCAAACAAACGAGUAUUUCCACUUGCAUGGUGGAAUCGAAAUUGAUGUGGGAACACCUACUGUUGAACCUGUGUCUGAAGAUAUUAAGGCAGCAUAUGAAGAUAUAGUGAUCACAACAGCAAAUCAUAUUAAUGAGCUACAAAAUCUUGAUACGACUUACAGAGAACAUUAUCCCAUACCCAUCAUUCAGAUUGAUGGAAAGAGUUACUAUGCCAUUGGAAUCCAGCUUGAAGAUUUCUAUCAGGCAACAGUAAAGACACAGUGGUGGGGAGCAAUGAAUGGAUUAAUAAGCAAUCUGAAACCCAAAAGGCUUCCCUUAACGGACUCCCAGCUCCAUGAACAAUUCAAGAAGAAAUUUGGUUACAAUAAAGCCAUUAAAUGCAAGAAUCUGUCAUUUGGAUUAAAAUCUGCUGCAGAGAGAGGACUAACUGCAAUUUUUCAUACAUUUUGUCGGAAAACACCAGUUUCUGGGCUUAGUGUUGUUGAUGUGGCCGGCUAUGCACUUAUCCACCACGCUGCCAUCCACAAUCGUGUGGCAAUCGUAUCUCAGAUAGUGAAAGUUGGUUUGAAUGUGAAUCAAAGGCGCAGCGACCAUCUCUCUGGUCAAGGACCAACAGCCUUACACCUGGCAGCUCAAUGUGGCUCCUUAGAAGUCCUGUCCUGCCUCCUGGCCAUGAAAGCAGAUUACAUGCUACAUGACAAACGCGGAUGGAUGGCCAUUCAUUCCGCUGCCUUCUAUGGCACCGUUCCGUGCAUUCGAGCACUCUGUAGGAAAGACCCAACGCUGGUGGAAAUGGAAACAAAAUCUGAAUAUCGGUCCACACCACUUUUGCUCACAGUUACUUCUGGGGCACUGGAAGCCCUUACGUAUCUUUUGUCUCUUGGUGCAGAUUGGAAAAAAACAGACAGCUCGGGGAACAAUAUUAUUCAUUUAGCUGUUCUCUAUUUUCACACAAAUAUCCUGAAAUAUAUUAUUGGACUGAAUAUACAAGAGCUUGACGUGUGGCACCACCUUGUCGAUAUGCUAAAGUCUAAAGACUCACACAGAAAAGAAAUGGCAGCCAGGUGCUUGGAGGUUCUCUGUGUGGUUAAGCAAAGCUACUGGGAGGACAUUUAUAAAGCAGGAAGUGUCCCCUGUCUGGUUGAGCUUUUAAACAGCAGUCAGAGUAAUCUGGAGUGUUUAGCCUCAGGGGUUUUAAGCAAUAUUUCAAACAAUGUUCCAGUUUCAAAAGCUCUUGUUGAAUCCAGAGCCAUCCCAGUCCUGAUUAGAUUACUACGCUCCCGCCAGCCAGAACUACAGUCUCGAUGCGCCGUUAUUCUCUCGGAUAUUGCCCAGGUGGACAAUAAUUCAGAUGUCAUUGCAGAAAUGGAUGGAAUUUCUCCCUUGGUCCAGCUUCUCUACGAAGAAUUGGAAGAUGUGCUAGUGAAUGUUAUAAACUGUAUCCGGGUUUUAUGUACAAAACACCCAGAAAACCAACAGAAAGUCAAAGAUCUUGGUGGUAUCCCACUCCUUGUGGAUUUUCUAUCUGCCAAAUCAGAUAUUUUGGUAAGCACAUCUGCAACUGCAAUUGCUAAACUUGCUGAAGGGAAUAAACUAAUCCAGGAUGCUAUUGCAGAAGAAAAUGCAAUUGUUUCCCUUAUUAACAUAAUGGCUGGAAGGAAACUCAAUAUACAAGUAAAAGCCGCCAUGGCUAUAGAGGCGAUUGCUGAUCAUAAUCCAGCAAUACAAAAGGAGUUUUUGGACAAAUCUGUGACAAAACAUAUCUCCAAGCUGCUGAAGGUCUUUCAGUUGGAGGUCAGAGAACAAGGAUGUACAGCCCUCUGGACACUGGCUGGUCAAACAAGAAAACAACAGAAAACCAUGGCAGAACAGAUUGGUUACAACUUUAUCAUAGACAUGCUGUUGUCACCAUCUGAUAAAAUGCAAUAUGUUGGUGGAGAAGCUGUGAUUGCUCUGUGUAAAGACAGCAAACAGCACCAAGACCAGAUAUGUGAAGGCAAUGGCAUUGGACCUCUGGUACGACUCUUAAGAAACGCAAAAGUGCAGCAAGGGACUCUUCUCAGUAUUAUAAAAGCCCUGGGAACCAUGUGUAUUGGUGUUGCUCAUAUAAACAAUCAGAUAAGCCAGGAACAAAUUGUGGAGGAGCAGGCACUGCCAACUCUUGUUCAUCUUCUGAAAACUCAUAGUUCCCUUACAAUUAAGGUUGAAGCAGCUUGGGCACUUGCUUGCAUUGUCUUGAGAAAUUCCACAUUGCAAACCUAUUUACACGAAAAGGAAGGAUUUAAGUACAUUGAUGUCCUGGAUCUCCUUUAUGCUUCAGAUAAGAAUAUUUGCUUACGAGCUGGAUAUGCACUGGCUCUGUUUGCUUACAACAGUAGCUUGCAGCAGUUUUACAUUUUGGAGACUGGAGGUAUUGAGAUUGCAGUCUUCGAACCUUUCUUGGAGUCAAACAUUGAGACAGAAAGAGCAAUGGCUGCAUUUCAGAUUGUUGUAUUAUCUAGAGCUAUUGUGGAUGUGGAUCAAGUCUGUCUGUCUGCCAGAGGUGUAACAAUACUAACAGAGCUCCUCAACUCGGAGAAUUCAACCACACUUAUUUUAGUGGGAGAGUUAAUUGCCAGUCUGGCUCAUACCAGAGCAGGUAUUCCGGAUGCAAUAACUACAUUAGGAACUGUGGGGUGUCUUUGUAACCUUUUAAACUCCGAAGAAGAGGAGGUCCGUAUAGCUUGUUCUAAUGCUUUGGGGUAUUUAACGUUCAACCGCACUGCAUAUCGCCAUCUUCUUGUGGAAUGCAGGAACAGACCCUCAUUGUAUAACAUACUCAUUGAAAACAUCAGCAAAGAUGCGAAAAUCUCCAAGCAAUUUACAGACGAAUUUAAAACACAGAAGCAAAUAGGAUUGCCCUCUCUUAGUCUAGUUGUGAAUGGUGGACCACCAGUAAAUCCUUCUUCAUGGAAAGGCAGACAAAGACAUCUUGGAAGCGGAGAGACUAAACAAAGCCACUGGACAGAGCAUUUACGAUCCAAAUCUGCAGCUGUUCACUCAUCACAGAAAUGCAGGACAGCAGAUCCACUUGAUCCCAUGGGACUAAGUUUAUCAGCCUCCCCUAUUCUAGCUGUUAGAAGACCAAAGACCGCACAUAUGGGGAACACAAAACCAUUUCAAAUGAAAAAGAAUGCAUAG